UUUGAGAGUCGGUGUGUAUUUAGGAAUCAGAGGUACAGGGUACAGCCUUCAGGGGACCCAGAGGUGGCCCGGAGAUUGAGGAAUACACACCUACAGGCCAAGUAAAUUGGACUCAAAGGUGCUAGGGGCUCAGGAGGGUGCACCUGUUGUCCAGGUGUGUUGCCAUGAAAAUGCUGGUGCAGCAAAGUUGCUAAGUAAGAAAGGCUGAGGCAGACACACAAAAAAAGCCAGGGGGAGCCAGGGCACAGCUCCACUAGGGCUGGGGGCGGGGUGGAGACGUCGGGUUGGGGAAUCCACGGAAUGAGCAGCCCGGAGACGCCCACUCCUCCCACAUCGCGUCUCCGCCCCGCUCCACCCCUAAGACCCCUUGGAAAUCAAAUAGAGGUGAAGGGGUGCAGGCGUGGAGAAUUGCAGGCAUGAUGAUCGCGGGUAUCGCUGCGCUGCUGUUGUGGCUUCUGGUGCUGGCGCCGGCGUGGUGGGGGUAGGGUGGGUGCCGCGCUCAGAUGCGGGGGUCCCUACCUCCCCGGCCCAGGCUGCUCCCAUUGCUGGAGAACUUGCAGCUGCAGUCCGGAGGCCUGGACCGCGCACUCCAUUCCCGACAGGAAUUGGGGGACGGAAUUCUGGAUUCGUGAAGGUGGGGCUGGGGACUAGAACUCCUCCUGAAUGAAGACAGCUGAGGGUUUGUACUCUAUGAUCUUGAGGAAGGACAGGAAGGAUGAGUGCUCCGGCCUGCUGAGUACUAGGAAAGGAGUAAUAGGGAGUGGAGAGCUUGGGGCAGGGACACUGGGUCGUAACGAAGGAGCCCAGAGCAGGAAAUCAGGUUGUGGGAAGAGGGGAGCAGGGGGUCUGUUCUGGUUCAGGGUGGGCAGGCUGAGUACUGAGGGCCCAGGAGACGACUCUGAGGGUGCAGGAGGCUGGGAAGCUGGACUUCUAGGUCCCAAGGGAAGAAGGAAGUGGGGGCCUGGACUCCUGGAUCUCAGGGAGGAAGGAGCUGGGGAUCUGAAUUCCUGGGCAUGAGGAAUGAGGGUCUGAGACGAGGACUCCUGGGUCUGAAGGAAGAGGGAGCUGGGGGCAAUGGCUCCGAUGAGGAACCCUAUGGGCACCCGCUGAGCACCGCCUACCCGUAGCUCUCCGGCCGCUGGGGCCGGGUGUUCACAGUGCGGCUGGGCCCGCGCCCUGCGGUGGUGCUGUGCGGCUACGCAGCGCUGCGGGACGCGUUAGUGCUACAGGCGGAUGCGGUCUCCGGCCGCGGGUCCAUGGCAGUCUUCGAACGCUUCACACGCGGAAACAGUGAGGCCCCGGCGCUGGACUUGCCGGCCCGGACGCUCCAGGCUGGGCGGGAGCCCCGUUUGACCCCGUGCGGCUACUGGAUAAUGCUGUAUCCAAUGUUAUCUGUUCUUGUCUUCGGGAACCGCUAUGGCUACGGGGACCCGGAGUUCCUGAGGCUCCUGAACCUCUUCAGUGACAAUUUCCGCAUCAUUAGUUCCAGAUGGGGCGAGAUGUACACUUGCCCGUCUCUCAUGGACUGGCUCCCGGGCCCGCACCACCGAAUCUUCCGAAACUUUUCGGAGCUGCGGGUCAUCUCUGAGCAAAUCCAACGACACUGGCAGAUGCGGCAGCCAGCGGAGCCCCGCGAUUUCAUUGACUGCGUGACCAGAUGGGGCACUUUUGUGAUUCCCCUGCUUGUGACUGCGCACCGGGACCCCACUCAAUUCAAGGACCCAGACUGCUUCAACCCUACCAACUUCCUGGACAAGGGCAAGUUCCAGGGCAAUGAUGCUUUCAUGCCCUUUGCCUCAGGUGCAGGCAGAGGAGGAAGGGGACCAGCCUGGACUGGCUCUGGGGUGCCUGGUGCUCACUAUGCACCUGUGUACCCGGCAAAGCAGAUGUGCCUGGGCAUAGGCCUGGCCCACUCGGGUAUCUUCUUAUUCCUUACGGCCACCUUACAGAGGUUCUGCCUGCUCCCUGUGGUACACCCUGGCACCAUCAACCUCACCUGCAGUGCACUGGCCUGGGCAGUGUCCCCCCCAGACUUCCAGCUCCAGCCUGCUGAGGUCAGGCUCCACUAUGGUGGGCUCACUGGCCCUCAAACCUCCAUACCCUCCUCCGUCAAUAAAGGCCCUAAAUUGCAGAUGGAGUCAGAUGUGUGCAGCUCUGAGCAAGAGGCCAUGACUCACCUCAACCCCAAGUCCUGCAUCCUGGUGGGAAGUGACAAUGCCUCCUCCCAGCUCUCCACACCUAAUGGGGUCAUGACCAGACAGGGUAGGACCCAGGCCCCCAGCUUCAGUUGGUAA